AUGGGUGAAACAACAACAACAACAACAAUAAAAGAAGAGGAAACGGAGAAGGAAGAAAGCGCGAGUUUGGAACUCGCGCUCGACGCGUUGCGAUCGGCGAACGAGGAAAUUCUCGAAAAAGAAGAAGAACAACAACGAGAACGAGGAGAGGAAGGAUGUUCAUCGAACGCGACGAGUAAAUUCGAUCUUCUGGAAAAAGUGCUCGCGAAGUUUACCACGAAUACGACGACUCGCGAGGACGAGGACGAGAAGACGGGGAAGAAGACAACGACGACGCAGAAAAAGAAGAAGAUGCACGCGGCGAAAGACGUGGCGUCGGAGUUUUCUCGGAAGUGGACGAGAGAGCACGCUUUGUUAGUUUGGAGCGAUUACAAUAACGGGAAAGACGGUGGGAAAGGAUGGUACGAAAAGGAGUGUUUUCUCGCCGACGUAGCGCUGACGGUGAACGAUUAUUGGUUACAAAAUGGUUUACAAAUGGAGUUCCCACUCUUUGCAGAGGGCUCGAGCGGCACGUCGAAAGAGGACGGGGAGGAUAUUUUUAGCUGGAAGUGCGCGAAGAUUAGUUUGAACAACGUGAAAGCGUUCGUCGCGGUGGUCAUGAACUGGCCGAAAGGGAAGAAGACGAGCGGGCAGAAUUUAAUCGAGGAUUUGAAACGGGUAAGAGAGAAAGGGUUGGCGAAGAAAGGGUGCAAGAAGCCUUUGAGGACGUACGAACAAUGUAUUAGGCAAAUCGCGUGGGUGGUAAGAGAGGCGAGCGAGGGAGUGAUGGAAGACGCGAGGAAGAGAAAAGGCGUGAGCGGGAAAGAGAAAAAGGAAGGGUUGGAAGAGGCGAGGGCGUUUGAGCGAGAGUUGAGGAGUUACGUGGAGCAAAGUUGGAUGGAGAACGGUCUGCCGACGUUGCCAGAGAGAUGGUACGAGAAAAGAGGCGGAGAGUUGUCGGAGGAAGAGGAGGAAAUAAAAGGAGAGGAAGGAGGGGUGAAGACGGAGAAGACGACGCCGGCGACGACGCCGGCUGGAAAACGAGCGAGAGAGGAGGACCAAGCGCCUAAAUCAACGGCGAAGAAACAAAAGACGACGACGACACCAGCUGCUCUUGAAGAAGCGCCGGCGGAAACGCCGCCGGCGAAAAAAAUUGAGUACAAGCGCGAAACGUCCUUGAUGAAAAAAAUCUACGACGCGGACGCGAUUGACGACGACGCUUUGUUGAAGCGUCUUCCAGAACCCAUGCGAAUACCAAAUGAAAUAGACAGACUCAUUGCUGUGACUUUGCGCGUUCGAUGUCACGGCCUUGAUGCCGACGUCGCCUUGAUCCCACCAAACCCGCCGACGAACGGGUUUAAAACGUCCGCGGAAAUGGCGGAACUCUUAGCCGAAGCCGCCAUCGGCCCCGAGUCUUCUACAAUUCCCGCUGCGGAUAACAUCAACGAAACGUGCCCGACGGAGCCGUGGAUUCCAGGGAGAGGUAAUCGGUGCUUAAGAAAUGACGGUAAACUGUGGCGGUGUUCUUUUAAAGCGUGCGACGAAGACGGUUUGUUUUGUAGAAGACACGCGGAUGUCGCGUUUGGAAAGAAUUUGAGCAGCGAAGAACUCAAAAAAGAAGCGAACAAGCAACGAGAUAAAACGGUGGCAAAAUAUCAAGGAUUACCGGCAACUGUAGUCGUACUAUCAGUUGGCAAAGUUUCCGUGAGUAUCGACGCGCCAGGCGGCGCGAGACUUUGCGAUCCGGAAAUCUUCGAAGAACACGCCUUCCGAGCGCACUGCGGUGUCGCAAACGCCGGUGGAAAAUUUAUUCCGCGCAAGAAGAUCACGGAUCUCGACGCGAACGCCGAGGAGGGCGACAUCAAAAAGGAAGACGUAGAUGUGAAUACAAAGGUCAGCGAUGACGUCGUCGUCGACGACGACGAUAUCAGGAACAAAAACAUGGGCAACGAGUUUUUCCGCGCCAACGCUCGCGUUCGAGAACGCGAAGGCGCUUGGACGAAUUUUCGCGAGUACGAACAUAAACUGUUAUCGAACAUUCCAGCAAUGACGCCGGGUGCUUCUGUUGUCACGCAAGAGUCACAAGUGGAAACCAUCUUGCGAUCUGUAAAGUACGCGAACGAGAAGAGGAAAGUUGCCAUCUUGGAGGCGUUAAAAACGAACAACACGCGCGAUAAGAACGAUCCGACCAUUUUGAGCGUCGUCGGCGGAAAGACGCCGAAAAAGAUGCAGCGCAUGUUGGACGUCAACGCUGCGACGCCAUCACCGAGUAAAGAAGACGAAGAAGUUGAGAAAAAGACGGAGGAAAAGAAACCGUCGAAUCUAGGAGUUAAGAAAGAAUCGACGCCGCCUUCCUCAGAAACGAGGCAAACGCUAGAAAAACAACGAGUUUUUUCCGCGGUUGAACAACCUGUUGGAAAAGACGCCGAACUCAUCAAGCUAUAUAACGAGUCCGUGCUCACGCGCGACAGCAUGAUGGCGGCAAAAAUUGCCCGCGAUGCCGCCCGAAAAGAAUCUGGCGUCAAUUCGGAAGAUUGCCAACUGCUCACGGCGCAGAUUGAAAGCUUAGAAGACUCGGCGAUGGCGCUCGCGAAAAAGCUCGUGAUGCGAAUAUCCACCUUAGGAUUGAACAUCUCUUUGAGCGAUUUGGAGACUUAUUGUACGCAAGAAGAUGUCGUCGCUGCCUCACCAAUGCCGAUAACAACUCCGCAAGCGAAUACGAAUUCGCCGCAACCGAUGGAAUCGCCGAAGCCGUCUGUCGCGCUUUCCAUCAUCAACUCCAUCAAAGGCGAAGGACAAGAAUUGGACCACGCGUUGGAAAAUCUGCGAGAGUGCUGCGCUUCAUUAACUGAAGUCUCGAGAACGACGAAAGCUAUGCAACAAAGCGCCAUCGAUCACGUGAGCAACUCCAGACGAAUACGGGAGGAAGAACGCAAGGUGAAAGAAGAAAAAGACGAAGAGAACAAAGGCGCGGCGGCGCAAGAACCUUCGUAUUACGCGAACUACGCGACGAGUAUUGAACACGCGUUGGUUUGUGCCUCUGAGAUGACGCGACACACGAGUUAG